AUGGCUGGUCAAUUGAAGACUCUAAUUACGUUACUAUUAUCAUUUACAAUACUGUCAUAUGUUAAUGGAGACGAACCACCACGGUUCAUAACUGAUAUAACUUCCCUACAAUUACGAGAAGACCUCCCUCUAGGAACUGAGAUUCUGGUUCUGAAUGGAUAUGAUGCAGAAGGACCCGUUCAUUAUGCAUUGUAUGAUGAUAUUUCCCAAGAACUUCUGGACGUCAAUUCCGUGAAUGGCUCGGUGAAACUAAAAAAAUCACUUGACAGGGAGGUGAAUCCACAUCAUGAAGUGAUAUUUUCUGUUGUUGAUAAUAUGGGACAACAGCAACCGAUGGAAACAUCUAUAUAUGUGCUUGAUGUAAAUGACAAUGCCCCAGUCUUCGAGAACACACCUUAUAAAGUAUCCAUAUCUGAGAAUGUGACUGUAGGAACCACAAUUUUUGAAAUCAGUGCAACAGAUUCUGACUCUGGGAGGAAUGGUAUAAUAUUUUUUUCGUUCUCAACGGAGAUUAAUUCCUUCUCCAUUCCAUCACCAAAUAGAUACGUAAUAAUAAAUCAGCCAUUAGACUAUGAGGAUAUCAAUAUAUAUGAAUUAACAAUAGUGGCAACGGAUCAAGGCAUUCCACAACAAAGUAGUGAGGCAUCGUUAAUUAUCAAAGUAACUGACGUGCAAGACAACCCGCCAAUGUUUACAGGAUUGCCGUAUACCACAUCAGUGGAUGAAAACUCUCCCACAACUUUGGUAGUUCAGACUGUCAGAGCCUUUGACCAAGAUAUUGGACUUUCUAAUCAAAUAUCUUAUUCUAUAGUCAGUGCUUCUGUGCCCGAACUGUUUACUAUCAAUGCUGAUACUGGUGAGAUUAGGGGACAAAGAUUAAUUGACAGAGAAGCUGAAGGAUUUCCUGGUUAUGUCACUUUAACAGUAGAGGCAUUGGAGGUUGGUCCAGAUGGUGGUGAUUCUGCACAGACUGAAUUUACAAUCACUAUUAACGAUGUCAAUGAUGAAUCACCAUUGUUUAGCCAAGCAGAAUACAGUAUUACUGUGUCUGAGAAUGCUCAUAUCGCAUUGCCAUUAGAUAUCCAUGUCAGAGAUAGAGACCAGGGAGAGUUUUCUACAAUAAGUUUGUCAUUACAUGGACAGUACAGUGAACUAUUCCGAUUGGAGCCAUCAAGAGUGUUAGGUGAAGCUGACGUGAUUAUACUGGUGGACCAUCCUCUGGAUUAUGAAACUGCAGUACAAUAUCAACUUUAUAUAUAUGCAAAUGAGACUGCUGACAUCACUCAUUUUGAUAUGACUCGUGUAAGAAUCACAUUAAUUAAUGAAAAUGAUAACCGACCAAUCUUCAGCUCCCAGUCUAUCACUGUUGAUGUCAAGGAGGAUCUCCCAGUAGGGAGUAAUGUUACCAUGGUUACAGCAACCGAUGAUGAUAUUGGUAUCUAUGGAGACAUCACCUAUACAAUAUCAGGAGCUGAUCAAUUUAUAAUUGAUGCAGAGCUUGGUGUUAUCAGCUUAAUCCAAUCAAUAGAUUAUGAGCUCAGUCUAAGGUAUCAACUCACAGUACGAGCCGAAGAUGGUGGUAAUCCGGCCGAAGCGGACAACACACGAGUUAUCAUUAAUGUGAUUGACGUCAAUGAUAAUCCACCAGUAUUCAAAGACAGUGAAUACUUUGCUACUAUUGAGGAAAAUACGGUUUAUUUAAAUAAAUCUAUAGUCAGAAUAAGAGCCACAGACAGAGACUCUGCCCCAUAUAACCAAAUAACCUACCAUAUUCUGGAUGCUCCGAGCGAGGACCAGUUCAGCGUGACAACCGAUGGUGUAAAUGGUUUUGUCUUCGUUAAUACACCUGUUGAUUAUGAAGAGCUAAUUGAUGGCGGAUUAACUUUAACACUGUCAGCAGAAGAUCUGGAUGGUCUAAGUGAUGUUGCAGUACUUUAUAUUGAAGUCUUAGAUAAAAAUGACCACGGUCCAGAGUUUACUCAUCAGACUUAUAACGUGUCUGUCUUUGAAGAUAUCCAAACUAGUGAUACAGUAACCACGGUGACUGCUAUUGAUGGAGACAUGUCAAGUGCUCUGGGCACGGAGUCUAUAGUAUACUCGGUAUCACAGCCAGGUGUGUUUCGAAUCAACCCUGGAACUGGUGAAAUUACAACAACAACAUUCCUUGACAGAGAUAUGGGUGUGGAUUCUUACAUAGUGCAGGUACUAGCUGUAGAUGGUGGUCAUGGCAAUGAACAAAAAACUGCUACAUCAAUGGUGUACAUCACAAUUCUUGAUGUAAAUGACAACAAUCCUGUCUUUGAAAAUGUAAGGCAAACUGUGUAUAUUGCUGAAGACCAGCCUAUUGAUACAGUUAUUGGAAAUGUUACUGCCAGUGACCUAGACUUUGGAAUGAAUGGUGAUAUCAUCUAUUCUUUCAUUAGUGGAAACACCGAUGAUGUAUUUUCAAUUGGUUUAUUUGAUGGGGAAAUCUUGAUAAAGAAAGAGCUGGAUUAUGAUGAUCUCUAUCAAGUUUAUAUUCUGGAAAUAUUGGCUCAUGAUCAGGGGGUUCCUGUUGAUCCAGCUACUGGUUCUGCUACCGCCACUGUUACUGUGAGUGUUAUUGAUGUCAAUGACAAUAGUCCAGUCUUUGAAUACACUGUAUACCAGUUUGCUGUUAGUGAAGAAGCUGAUCCAGGAAUAACUAUAGGCAUGAUAAGAGCAACUGACAUGGAUUCUACUACCAAUGCAUACAUUGAUUAUAAUAUUACAGAUGGUAACAUAGAUGGUUCAUUUAACAUGAAGAGAGUAGGAUCAGGAGAGAUUAUUUUAGAAAGACAACUAGAUCGUGAAAAUAUUGACAUGUAUGGGUUAACAGUGAUAGCAAGUGAUAGAGGCAUACCUAGACACAGUGCGGUGUGUUACGUUACAAUCAUAGUACGUGAUGUCAACGACAAUGACCCAAUAUGGAUUGAUGAGCCAUAUAUGACAACGAUAUCAGAAGAUGUUGAUAAUGGAACUUACGUCUUUCAGGUUUCAGCCAUAGAUGCAGAUAUUGGUAGUAACCAGUUAUUGGUAUACGAGAUCAAUCCGUUCACUCCAUACUUUAAAGUGGACAGCGCAAGUGGUGUGAUAACAACAACAGAUGUACCAUUGGACAGAGAAAUGAACACAGCUCAAGAAAUCAUUCUCACUGUGAAAGACAGUGGAAGGCCGUUACGAAGAAGCAGCCAUUCAGCUAUUGUGCAUGUGACAGUACUGGAUAUCAAUGACAAUGUUCCGGUAUUUGAAGACACUCCAUAUAUCGGAAGUGUUGUGGAAAAUCAGCCAGCAGGGACCAGUGUAAUCCAGGUCUCUGCAUCUGAUUUGGAUUUUGGAGAGAAUGGAACCGUCUCUUACUUCAUCGUAUCGCUGGAACCAAAUACAAACAAUUUUGACAUGAAUUCAUCAACUGGUCUUAUCACACUGACACACCCAUUAGACAGAGAAUACAUCCAAGCUUACAACAUAACCAUACAGGCAAGAGACGGAGGAAUGGACCCCAAUGUUGCCAUAGCAACUGUUCAGAUUGAAAUAGAGGAUGACAAUGAUCACAGUCCGUUGUUUACUGCAAACAGUUAUGAGGUGUCUGUACUGGAAAACGCAACUAGAGGUACUUCACUCAUUGUCCUCUCUGCCUCUGAUGGAGAUAUAGGAACCAAUGCAGAUAUCAAUUACUUUAUCACCCAUGGCAACCAAGAUGGCAAGUUCCAAAUCCAUUUUCAGUCAGGAUUAGUACAAACCUCUGCGUUUUUGGACAGAGAGGUUGUUGAAGAAUAUAACUUGACCAUUGAGGCGAUUGACAAUGGCGUGUAUGCGAAGACAGGGACAUGUUAUGUCACUGUGAACGUACUGGACAUCAAUGAUAACAGACCCAUAUUUACAGAGAGUAACUAUGAUGUUACUGUGAUGGAAAAUGUCACACAGGAUUAUACUAUUGUCACUGUACAUGCUUUAGAUGCUGACAUUGGUGAGAACGCUAAGAUCACUUACGCCAUAAUUGCCGGCAACACGCAAAACAGUUUUGUGAUUGACAGUAACUAUGGCGAUAUCAGAAGAAAUGAACAACCACUUGACAGGGAAACUGAAGAGUCAUAUAUAUUAACUGUGGAAGCGUCUAAUAAUGAUAGCAAUAUGUUCAGAUCACAAGUUCGUGUUAGCAUGAUGGUGUAUGACGUGAACGAUGAAAAACCAGUUUUCACCCAGUCAGUGUACUAUAGACCUGAUCUAAGCGAAAGUGCCGGUAAAGGAACGUCGGUCAUACUUGUGUCUGCUGAAGAUCCUGAUCUGUCUGAUGGUGGACGUGUCGUCUAUAGCAUCACCGCCGGCAAUGAUAUGGAUGAGUUUUCCAUCGACAGUAGCACUGGGCUCAUCACAACGGAUGCAGCACUGGACUAUGAGACCAAAAAUAACUAUAGUUUGGUUGUCAUGGCAGUAGAUCAGUCACCACCUUAUCAUUCAGGCACUGCCAGCGUUGUCGUAAUCAUCGUCAACAUCAACGAUGAGCCACCAUCAUUUAAUCAGACAAGAUAUUAUAGUACUGUCAAAGAAAAUGUCGCAAUUGGUACAUCAGUUGUUAAGGUGACUGCAGUAGAAUAUGACAAUCAGAAUCCCAUACAAUAUGAAUUUGAUCCAAACACCAACCCGGAAGCCAUGGCAUUGUUUACUAUAAACAUUGAUAAUGGACUGAUCUCUACUAUAAAUGAGAUUGACCGUGAAAUAAGAGGUUUCUAUACGAUAACUGUACUUGCCAAUGACGGUGGUACUGAGAAAGGAUCCACAACAGUUUGGAUAACUGUUUUAGACAAGAAUGACAAUGCACCCAGUUUUGACGUCUUCUCUGACAUCAGCGUAUCGGUUAAAGAAGAGAUGUACACUCCUGUUGGCUCUAUGAUUGGUCGAGUUAAGGCAACAGACAGAGAUGAAGGCAUUAAUGCCAUGGUGAAUUAUGAAAUUAUAGAUGGAGAUGUUAACAAUAUGUUUAAUAUUACUACAAAUACGGUUAAUGAAGGCAUUAUAAAGAAUAUCCAACUGUUGGACAGAGAAGUCAAAGAUACAUACCGACUUAUUGUGUCUGCUUAUGACAGCGGUGACGUACCACUGAACACCAGUAUGAUAGUUACUAUUAAUAUAGAAGACGUCAACGAUAACAUUCCUAACGUGGGUGGUGGAACUAUCAUUACUACAGUAUAUGCUACUGAUGAAGAUAUUGGAAGCAAUGGGGUUUUGAAAUAUUACAUUGUUGAUGGUAAUACUGAUGGUACUUUUAGAAUGGAUAGAAAUACUGGGGAAAUCAGCACACGGCCGGAUCCACCUGACAGAGAAAAACAAGAUUUUUAUAACUUGACGGUCUUAGCUGAGGAUGAAGGUGAUGAUGUCAUUCAACAGGUGACUGUGACCGUAUUGGAUAUCAAUGACAUUGUGCCGUAUUUUGACGCCUCCUUUCUGGGUGUCUAUGAAAUAGCUGAAGAUACAUCUGGUCCGUUUAUAGGAACAUUUCGAGCUACGGAUUUAGAUGAGGGCAACAAUGGUCACAUCCAGUAUUCUUUGUAUGGUGAUAUUUAUGAUGAAUUCAGUAUAUCUCCAAGUGAUGGCGAUUUAAGAGUCAGAAGAGGUGUGGAAUUAGACAGAGAGAGGAUUGAUAUUUAUAACAUAACACUCAUUGCAACUGACAUGGGUAAUCCUCCAUUGAGUGGAUCAUUAGACAGAGAGACAACGUCCAUGUAUAUAUUGACAGUUACAGCAAAAGACAACCCUGAGAAUCCAACCAAUGCUAGAAGAGAUGGUACUGAGUUGAUUGUCACCUUGUUAGAUGAGAAUGACCAGAUUCCAACCUUUACACAGUCACUGUAUUCCGGGCACAUUGAAGAGAACUCACAGGAAGAUAACACUGUUACAAUGGAUGAUGCUGUACUUGCUGUGGAUGCCGAUUUCGGUAAUAACUCUGUGAUUACAUAUUCAAUCAGUGGAAAUGGAUCACAAUACUUUUAUAUUCAUCAACACACAGCAACUAUACAUGUCAAGGAGACAAAUUCCUUAGACAGGGAAGCUGAAAAUAUUUACAGAUUUCUAGUAACAGCAAUCGAUAUUGGUGGAUUGAACAGCAGUGCUGAGAUUGUAGUGAAUAUUGUCGAUGUCAAUGAUAAUAGUCCUGUAUUUACACCAAGCAAUAUGACGGUAUUUAUACCAGAAAAUGUUGUAGGAGGUCAUGUGGUAAUGGAAGUAUUGGCCAUUGAUGCUGAUAUCGGUCUUAAUCAAGAGGUUACUUACCGCGUGGAGAGUGGUGGUCAGGAUAAGUUUACUAUUAAUCCAAACACUGGACUCAUUAAAGUGAGUAUAGCUAGUACAUUGGACCGGGAGCAGAGAGAUCAGUAUACCCUGGUUGUCAUAGCAACCGAUAGGGGGAAUCCUUCUCAAUCAGGUACCGGAACCGUCUCCAUCAUUGUUGGUGACAUCAAUGAUACACCACCAUCUUUUACUGUCCUGUCUCAGAAUUUUUACCUCCGUGAAAACAGCCCAGUUGGAACAACUGCUGCUUGGGUGAUAGCAGUGGAUCCAGAUUUUGACAGUCUUUUGCAGUAUUCUAUCGUUUCCAUAGCAGCCAUUGAUGAGGAAGACAAUAUUGUUGCAGACUCCAACUUGUAUGAGAAUUGGUUUUCGAUCAAUGAGUUUUCAGGUACCGUCCAGGUAGCUGGCAUUCUUGACAGGGAGAAUGUAUCCGUAUUUCAACUCACUAUAUCAGCUGUUGAUUUAUCAUCUCAGUACAAUGGCAGUAGACAUAGCAACCCCAAUGCUGAAGUAUCAAUACAUCUACUGGACGUGAACGACAACGAUCCAGUCUUUCAACCACCAGGGCUUGAGUACAUACAUGAACAACUUGUUGAACAAAGUCCUCUUGAUACAGUUGUUACAACGUUCACUGCUUUGGACAGAGACAAAGGUUUACAAGGAAUGGUUCGCUAUGAGAUUGUUGACAAUAAAACAGAUUUGUUGCAAAUCAGUGACCCUGCCGUAGGUGUGAUCACAGUUAAUGGAGUAGUGGACAGAGAAAUUUAUCAGUGGCUGAAUUUUACUGUUAAAGCCUGGGAUUUCGGAAACCCUCCUCGGUACUCCCAAAUCCCGGUGUUUGUAGAAAUACUGGAACUCAACGAUAACAAUCCAAUAUUCAGACAGUCCUUGUAUGAAACAUCCGUUGUUGAAAAUGCCAUCGCUGGCACUGAAAUAUUGGUUGUCAUAGCAACGGAUGCUGAUAGUGGUAGUUAUGGUGAAGUGCGCUAUAUGUUGGCUGGAGGUGCUGGGAAAUUUACAGUUGAUGAGAUAACAGGUGCAAUAUCACUGGUUCAUAGCUUAGACAGAGAAAUUCAAUCUGAAUACACAUUGACUGUCACUGCCAAAGACAAUCCCACCGGUUUGUCUAGCGAUCGUAGAGAAAACUCUGUUCUGGUGAUUGUGGAUGUUCUUGAUGUAAACGAUAAUGUCCCCAUUCCAGGGGCUGCAAAUUAUCGAUUUGAAAUUCUGGAGAAUGUACCUGUUUACUCUGCUGUUGGUACAGUAGUUGCACAUGAUGCAGAUUCAGGUGCAAAUGGAGUUUUACAGUAUAUAAUAAGUGAAGUAUCAGAAGAUGAUUUAUUUGACAUAAAUUCUUCUGAUGGUCAGAUUUUCACAAUAAAUUCACUGGACAGAGAAUCCCUUGGUAAUAAGGAAAUGGUAUCUAUGGUCGUUAAGAUUCAAGACCAAGGUGUAGAGCAUCAUGAAGUGACUGUACCUGUAUUAAUUACCGUACUUGAUGUCAAUGAUAAUAGUCCAUACUUUGCAUAUGCAAUGUACAAUGUUACACUAAGUGAAGAUGACUUUGGUGGCACACUGGUAUAUCAAUUCAGUGCAGUGGAUUUGGAUCAAGAUCCUGUUAUUACUUAUACUUUAUUAGAUGCAGACUUGUACAGUGAGUUCACAGUGUCAGAACAAACCGGGGCACUGACCACUGUCAGCUCUUUGGAUCAUGAAAGUCGACCAGAAUACCUGCUAACUAUUGAAGCCAGUGAUGAGGAUGGGAAUGUAGGAACAACUCAGUUAUAUAUUAGAGUGCUAGACACCAAUGACCAAGCACCACUAUUUGCGAUCACAUUAUAUCAGUUUUCAGUCAAAGAAAAUGAGUCAGUUGGCUCCCUCGUUGGACAAGUUGUAGCAACUGACUCUGACUCUGUAAUGGAACACAGUAAAAUCUUUUAUCACAUCAUUAAUGGUAAUCCUGACAACGAUUUUUAUCUGAAUGAAAACACUGGUGUGGUAUUAAUUAAUAAACAACUAAACAGAGAAAGUCGAGCCAUGUAUGAGUUAGAGAUUGAAGCUCGCAACGUCGCUGAUGGCAUCCAGUCUAACGUUACUCUGUAUGACUUAGCAACUGUGAUCAUAUCCAUUGAGGAUAUCAAUGAUGAAGCACCUAUGUUUACAAAACAGCAAUACUCUCGAAGGAUUUUAGAAAAUGAGCAAAUAGAUACGUCAAUAAUAACAGUGACAGCUGUGGACUUUGAUGAUGGCACCAAUGGUGAGGUGUACUAUGCCAUAGAGGAAGGCAACUACAAUGUGUAUGUUAAAAAACUUGUUGCUGUGGUUAGCUGCAAUACUAACCAAGAACCAGGUUACUUUAUAACCACUGUGAUUGCCACAGACGGUGAUUUGGGUGAUAACGGCGUGGUGAUAUACGAUUUCUUUAAAACAGAGGGUGACAAUGAAGACUGGCAGAAUUUCUACAUUGACGAGACUCGCGGUGAUCUGUACACCACGUUUACAGCUGACAGGGAACUCAAAUCAUUCUAUACGAUUGUCUUGUUAGCUAAGGAUCUUGGUGAACCCCAAUUUGAGUCGACCCAAGCAGUUACAAUAAAAGUGCUGGAUGAAAACGACAACAUACCAAUCUUCAGUAAUGUUGAGGUUGCCCAAACCAUGUACAUUUCUGAACACUCCACCAAUGGUACAAUAGUUGGUGAAAUUGAACAAGCCAUAGACUUAGAUGAAGGGGACAAUGCCAAGGUCUAUUAUUACUUUGCAGGUGGAAAUUCUGAUGGUUAUUUUGAAAUUGAUAAGACAACUGGAAUUAUUAUUUUGAUGAAAGAAGUGGACAGGGAGAAAGUGAAUCAGUUUGUUUUGACAGUGAAAGCGUCAAGUGAUCCUGAUUUCGGUGAAGACAUUGAAGAGAGACGCAGACGUGAAGUAAUUGAACCAAUAGAUAUGAAUGAUAUUAAUGAUCCAACGCUUAAGACGGUUGUAAUUAAAGUUGUUGAUAUUAACGAUAAUGGUCCACAAUUUCCCCGGGAUGAGUAUACUGCAGGGUUGUCACUUGAUGCUAAAUAUGAAUCUAAGCUGAUCACAGUAACGGCCAAAGAUGAAGACACUGGAAAUAACAGUAUUGUGUAUUACAGUAUACUGUCUAUUUACCACUUGGACACCACGACUGACUUACCCCCGAGAGUACAGCCAAAUGCCUUCAAGAUUGGAAGACUUGAUGGAAUUAUUCGAACAAAUGAACUUUUUGUAUCUUUUUACCAUGGUUAUUUUGAGCUGAAUGUCUUGGCUGAAGAUAAUGGACAUAAGAAUGAUACAGCGAUUGUGAAGAUUUAUAUGUUAAAAGAUAAUCAAAGAGUAAAGAUUGUAUUCAACAACGAUCCCGAUACUGUGAAAGAAUUCACUGAUCAAUUCAUUAGUUUGAUUGCUAAUAUCACAGGUGCUUUAGUCCAUGUUGAUGACAUACAGUAUCAUAUAUCAGACACUGGUGGUGUUGAUUUUAAAAGGACGGAUAUGUUAAUUCAUGCGGUAGACCCAAACACUAAUAGUAUUAUGGAUGUACACCACAUCAUUGAACUUAUUGAUGCAAAUUAUGCUGACUUAGAAAACUUUUUCAAAGUUUACAAUGUCAUAGAAAUUGUGCCGGCCGUACCGUCUAGAGAAGAAGAUCGUAUAUCAUUAUUAGAAGCAGCACUAGUUGCCAUUGGCAUCAUGUUAUUUAUCGGCGUGCUCAUUUACAUCUUCUGCAUAUGUUGGAUCAGACACAAACAUAAAAAUAAAUUAGAAGCCAUCGCAACCUUCUCCUAUGGUGCAUCUACUUCUGAUCUACUCAGAGAUUCAAGUUACCAAGGAUCCAACCCACUAUGGAUUGAUAAUUACAGCUGGAUCAGUGAUUGGCCGGAAAGCCUGUCACAUUUUGAACGAGAAUAUGAAGCACAGGAGUUAACAAUGGAUUUCUUCCAUGAUGACGAUGGUUCCAUGAGAGACACAUCAAGUUUGAUGGCUAAGAGACACAUGAAAACUUUCAGUCCUUUGCCAAAUGGCAUUGAUAGACGAUCACAGUCACCUCCGAGUGCAGAGAGUCGAUCUCCUUCUGGAAGUGAUUUUGAAAUAGAGCUUAUACAGUCAGUGACUAGUGGGGAGUCGGAUACCGAUGAGUCACCUGGAGUGUUGGGUGCUAACGGCAAUAAUACUGAACAAGAAUUGAGCAACGAUUAUGUUGGACUGAAAGAUUACUCAAUUUUUAUAACUCCAAGGAGAAUGCUGACUCCAAUUUCUGAAGAAGAUUCUGGUUCUUUAACAUCUUCGUGUAAAACAGAUACAAUGAAAACAACCGGGUCCAGAUUUUCUGGAAUCCAGAGUGAUUACGAGGAAGAUGAGAGUGAGGAGAGUAAUGAUGAACGUUUGACAUUGACAGUGUUGGAUAACCUUGAUUCAUCAUUUCGCAUAAAUGAGAAAGGUGCAUCUGGAGCUGUGAAUCACUCGGACAAGUAUCAACCUCUAGAGAAUCACUCAUCGCAGGACACGGAUUCAGAGUCGUCAUCUGGAUCUGAUGGUGCUUAUCAAAUUUAUCAUGUUAAUUCCGAACCCAGAGAUUUCAGUUUGAACAUUCCUCUGGAUGACAGAGAUGCUGCUCCUCUUACUCAACCGCAGUACUUAGAGGCGAAUCAUGGUGUCGAGAACAAUGCUUUUGAAUAUGACUUUAUGGUCUUUAAAAGCUCUGAUGAAGACAAUUCUGAUUCUUCCAAGGAAAGUAUACAAGUGUCGGACAUUGACAAUAGAAACACAAGUAAUAUUCUAUCAGCGGCACUUGCUCAUUCAGAGUUGGAAACAUUCCUUUAG